UAUAUUCAUCCUUCAUCUAUUCAUCUCAGCUCUAACAGUCAGGACAGUAGAUUAAAGUAACUAAUAAACUAAUGAGUUAUAAGAAUAAAUGUGAGAAUAUAAAAUGAGAUUUCAGAAGCUUAUUGAACACCAGAACAGAACAGGAGACAGGAUGUAGAGUCUCGUGGCUGACGAAGUUAAACCGGAAAACAGCAGAAACACAAGACUUUUUAUUCCACUAAGUGUCUGUUCACAUGUUCAGUGGAGGAUGUGUGUUAGACAUGGCAGAGUUCCUGAGUGGGUUUAAUCUACAGCUGCUGGUUGGUGUCAUCAGUCUGAGUCUCCUUCAGAACAUUUCAGCUGAUCUGUUAUCUGUUGAUCCUGGAGAAAACGUCACUCUGCCCUGUAACAUCACUAAUUAUUCAGAGAUAUCAUGGUAUCACAUGAACUCAGCAGGCGUGAGGCAGAUUAUAUCGACCACACAAGGGAAAGUGGGCAAACACUUUUAUAUUGCAUAUAAUGAAGAUGAGAGUCACUUUACUAUAACAGAAAGCAGCAGUUCAGUCAGUUUAGUGAUUAUUGGAGUUAGAGACACAGAUCUGGGAUUUUAUUACUGUGGAGGUCGAAACAAGGGACACAAUCAGUUUGGGAAAGUCAUCAGUCUGAACUUUACAGGUGGCACACACCAGAGUGGAGGAACUGAGAACAUCUGGAUUAUACAUAUGGCCAUAAUGUGUGUGUGCUCCAUCUCUGUCCUAAUAAUCAUCAUCUGCAUGUGUGUGUUCUGCAGCAGGGUGGAAGAAACAUCAUCAUCAUUAUCAUCAGGCUGCAGUCACGACACCAGCUCCACUGAACAGGACGAAAAGAUUCAUCAUGACAGUUUGCUGUAUGACAGAAAGUUCACAGGAUCUGUUAAGAACAACAAAGCUUCAGAUUUGGACUGUGUGACUUACGUAACCUUCACCUCACAGCCGCAGAGACACUGACCUACAGGGUGUCUAUUAUUAUUAUUAUUAUUAUUAUUAUUAUUAUUAUUAUUAUUAUUAUUAUUAUUAUUAUUAUUAUUAUUAUCUUGAGAUUAAUCUGGAGAACUCUCAAAUCACAUGGACUGAUGUACUAGAUCAGAUUUACUUUUCUAACUAACCUUAUAAAAAUGUGUUCUGUCAAUUUGUGGUUAUUUAUAAUUAUAUACAAAUGUUUAGGUCUCCGUAUAAAAUAAGACCUAAAUUAAACAUUAAGAUAAUUAUUAUGGUGUAAAUGAGUAGUGGUUUUAAAAAUUAAAAAUCUUUGAUUAAACAGAACAUAAUCUAUGUUUUUUUUUUUCAUGAUAAUCCUGAUGUAAUGUUUUUCUUCUUAUCUUAAAGUAUUAAAAUGUUUAAUUUAAGAGUAUUUUGAAUAAAUGGGGUAAAGGCA